AUGGCUGACGACCUGAAGGAUCAGCUGGAUAUUCCAGCAGAUCUUACUGUUGGCGGUUCUGCGGGAACCUCAACCGGACAAGGUCCCCGCAGACUCCCGAAAAAACGAACCAAGACUGGCUGUUUGACUUGUCGAAAGCGCCGGAUCAAGUGCGGCGAAGAGAAGCCAAUAUGUACCAACUGCGUGAAAUCCAAGCGAAUCUGCGAGGGAUAUGCCCAGCGGGUCGUGUUCAAGAACCCCAUAGGCCUCUUCGGAUCUUUCAAUAAUGGCCACAGCCACGAUUUGCAGAUAGAUCAACAACAUAUGAGGGGGCCGAUGCCCAACGACUAUGGCUCUGAACUCCCUCCCCAACAAGCGGCAGCCGCUGCUCAGCAUCCAAUGCUAGCUCCGCGACCUGCUGAUCCAGCCGUGAUGGGAUAUCCCUCAUUUCCGUCCCAAAUGCAUUCGUCAGCUCAACUACAGCCCCUUAAUACACCCUCCUUCUAUUAUCCAGCUCAUGUGCAGCCAUCGAGCCAUAUGUGGCACAUCCAGCCGAUAGCUCAAACGGAGAACACGCUAGUUCCGCCAAAUGUGACUGACUUCUCGCAAGGACAGCAAUCAGUUCAGUUAGGCCAGACAAGCGCUCUACAUAGGCCCCAUGCAAGCGUACAAAAUGUGCCCCAGAUCGCCAGUCCGAUCGGUCAGACAGCUGAAGAAUACGCCUCCAAUCUCUCGCCCAUGCUAGCUUCCAGUUCAAUGCAUGGAAGGAGGGAGAGCGAGACCAACCCGGUUCCUCAGAUGACCCAGCCGCUGCCGACGAUAUAUCAUUAUCAGCCACCGCUGGGGCAAUUACCGCAGCAAUUACGAUCUCAUGAGCAAUAUAUACCCUAUCAAAUACCCCAUCAACAACAAAUGAUAUACAUGGAGGAUGAAAGCGAGGAUUACUACGACGUGGACUCGGAUGAUGAGAUGGUGGAUCAAUCGCAGGCCGAAGGCUUCAACCAGCUGAGUCUCAUUAUGGCCUCUGCUAACCGCGACGAGCAACAACUUCGAUCCUUCACGACUUACCUGAACGAGCCCAAUGUGCUUGCCUCAUACCGUCCUACACUUGGCUCUUCUCCGCUGAACAACCCAAAGACUGCCCGCAUCUUUGCUCACUUCAUUCAUUCGACUGGUCCAUCCUUGUCUAUAUUUGAACGGCAUCCUACUGACUCCUCAAUUGUUCUGGGAGCGGCUGUCCCAUCUGCACAGCAGGGUCUAUGGGUCUAUACGCUUGCCCUCAAAGCUUUAGAGCAUCCAGCUCUUCUACAGGCAAUACUGGCUGUCAGCAGCUUACACAUUGCCUAUUUACAGCAAGCUCCCACGACAGUAUCUUUGAAGCACUAUCACUACGCCCUGAAACGAGUUAGUUCCGCAGUUGGUCUUCCUCUCCGACGCAAACAAGUCGGUACCUUGGCUGCCACUCUUCUACUGGGCUACUAUGAGGUGAUAUCUGCCGACCACUCGAAAUGGAAUAACCACCUGGGUGGGUCCACCCAUUUGAUCCGAGAGAUCGAUUUCGCCAAGACCACCAGAGACCUACGGGCCUAUCGACGUAGAUCUCACGAGCAGCGGCGCCAGUCAGGCUGGGCGAACUCGUGGUGGGGGAUGUCUGGUGAGGUCUCUGAAGACGAUCCCUUCUCCGAGAAAGAGGAAAGCAUCGACGAAGAUCUCAUAGGCGCCAUUAUGGGACAAGCAGUGAAUUACGACGAUUUUGGAGGUAUCAAUGAAGAGGGUAUGCUGCACUCCAAGAAGCAUUUCACCCGCAAGGACAUUGAGGUUUUCCGGAUUCAAUGCGAUCUAUACUGGUGGUACGCAAAGCAAGAUGCAUUCCAGAGUUUUAUCGGCGGAAACAAAUUAUUAAUGCCUUACUCUCAAUGGGGCCAAUGCCCACCUCGAGCAGGUAUUGGCCGUUUAGAUGCCAUAUACGGCUCCGCAGAUCAUCUGUGGCUGCUGCUCGCUCGGGUCACAGACUUUGGCUUCCGUGACCGUAAGCGAAAAUUGAGAACCCUGAAGGCAGGCGGGGUGAACUGGAGGCCAGGCCCUGAGAUGUUUAAAUUCAUGGGUCGGUUCGCUGGCGGCCCUCCCGGCCAAAGACCUGGACCAUCUGGCGGCCUCGGUCCAGGGGGUCCACCUGGCCCACCUACUGGGAUGUCUCCUUCUUCAAGCCCUGGAUCGACCUCGGCCCCUAGUCCCCCCAUGUACGGAAUGAUACCCCCUCAACCGCCUGCACGUCUUCCCCGGGGAUUCGAAGAUAGACCGCGUGAGCCUCGUUUGUCACCGGACGAGGAUGACCCCGCUCACGACGUGAGUUACAACGAAGCCGAACAAGAAUGGGAAGAGAUCCUCGUCGCCAUGGAAAUAUUAUACCAAGCGCUGGGCCGCGAUUUCCAGCCUUUGCCAUCAGACGUCGCGCCCCCAAUAUCUACACCGUUCGGUCCUGCCCUCCAAUACCGUACCCAUACCAUCGCCGUGAUCUGGGGGUUCUAUUAUGCCAUGCGCCUGCUGCUGAACCGGAUUCAUCCUUCUAUGCCACCGGCUAUCAUGGUCGCAGCUGGAGUCUCUGCUCCCACGACAGCUGAAUUUUCGCAGAUUGUUGGGAAGAUCCUGGCGGGUGUCUACUACCCGCAACGUUUUAACCUCGAAGCCGGAAGCUUGAAUCCGAAUUUGGGUUCUUCGUUGACUGACAUGUCGGUGCCGCUAUUCUUUGCAGCUGUGCAAUAUAGUGAUCCCACACAGCGAGCUUGGACGAUUUCAACACUACGUGACAUCUCCCGCCUGACCGGGUGGAAGAGCGCAGACGCUAUCGCAGGUGGCUGUGAGAAAGCUUGGAUAGCCGCUGCCAAGCAAGGUCGCGGGCCACCCUAUCAACAGUCAUUCAAGACUGACCGAGAUCGUGAAAGGGAACAGGAGCGUCAGUCUGAGGCGGUGCUGCAUGAGGUAAAAGAUCGUCGGUUUGUGCCAGUCAAGUCGGACCGAGCGCAUUGGGCUAUGGGCAUCUUGGAAGAGGACAUUGCGAAUUUGGAGCUUUAG